AGAGAGAGAGAGAGAGAGAGAAUGUGUUCAACGCCUUGUAUCUUCAUGAUGUAUGAGGAUAGUAGAGCGUACAAGCCAUGGAAAACCUUGUUCAUAAACAUUGGACCAUACCAUUACAGAAUCGACCACACAUUGGAGGAAACCGUGCUCCACUUGGUCGUGCAGAGGGCGCAAAUGGGUAGCAUAGAGGAUGUCGUUAAUGCCGUAAGAGAUGAUGCACUGGAGGUGAGAAAAUGUUACGAAGGGGCGAAUAGCGCACUAUACAAAUUUCCGAACAACGACGAAUUUGUGAUGACGCUUGUAAGAGAUGGAUGCUUCGUGUUAGAGUUGAUGCACAUCAUGACAACAGAGCCGCAUCCCUUUCGCACCAUCGUCACCAGGUUUUCCCCCACCUUAUUUCCACUCAACAACACCAUGAUCCGCCAUAUUCUGCUUGACGUGUUGGUGGUCAAGAACCAAAUCCCCAUGGCCUUUCUUCAACGCCUUUACAGCCACCUGCAAUACGGAGAUCCGCAAUUCGAAACCAUGCUCAACAAAUUUUUAGAUUUCUAUUUCAUGCAAACACUUGACGAGCUAAACCUGGCCGGCGCUUGCCAUCUCCUCGACGCUGCAAGGAAGAAAUUUCUACCCAAGAUGGUAGGGCAGAGAAACGAAGCUGGCUCAGCAUCAACAGCGCGUUUCUCUCCCUGUAACUUUGGCGAGAUGAGCGUACGCUACAGUGCCAUUGAUCUCAAGGACUCGGGCGUUACCAUCUCGCCGGCGGCCGAAGGAAUGGUCAUGUGGGAUCCCAGACAGGCGUGGACGCCUCUUCUCAAGCUCCCACGCGUCCUCAUCAACAGGGACUCCGACUUCAUUUUGAGGAACAUGGUGGCUUAUGAACAACGCCUUGUGGAAGACGACAAUCACCCUGUGCAGCCGGUGUCGUCCUACCUUCGCCUCCUCAGUGACCUUGUGCUCACUGCUGCCGACGUCCGAGUCUUGACUGUCAAGGGAAUAAUAGACAACCAGCUGGGCAGCCUGGACGACAUCGUUAAUUUCUUCAAGCAUCUAGAGCUAGGAGACACAUAUGGGAUCGACAUGCUGUCUAAGACUCGGAAGGACAUCAACGAGCACUGUGAGAGAGAAGGGAUCUCGAAAUGGGCUGAUCUGACACGCACCUUUUUCAGGAGCCCGUGGUCGUACUGCUCCUUCGCUGCUGCCCUCAUUCUACUUAUUCUCACUUUACUGCAAGUGCUAGCAUACAAGCCAAAGAUGCCUUUGUUCCUGGGCGUUGGACCUUACUACGCCAGUAACGCCCACACGUUGGAGGAUACCGUGCUCAACUUGGUCCUGGAGAGGACGCAAAUUAGUAGCCCAAAAGAUGUCGUUAAUGCCCUGAGAAACGAUGCUCUGGAGGUGAGAGAAUGUUACGAAGGGGCGAAUAGCCCAUUCUAUAAACUUCCAGACAACGACGAAUUUGUGAAGCUGCUGGUAAGAGGUGGAUGCUUCGUGUUAGAGUUGAUGCACAUCAUGACAACAACGGCGCACCCCCUUCGCACCAUCAGCACCAGGUUUUCAUCCUCCUUAUUUCCACUAAACAACACCAUGCAACGCCAUAUUCUGCUCGACGUGUUGAUGGUCAAGAACCAAUUCCCCAUGGCCUUUCUUCGACGUCUCUAUAGCCACCUACAGUACAGAGAUCCGCCAUUCGAAAUCAUGCUCAACAAGUUCUUGGAUUUCCAUCUCACGCAAACAUUUGAGGUGCCAAACCUGGCCGGCACUUGCCAUCUCCUCGACGCUGCAAGGAUGAAAUUUCUGCCCAUGAUGGUUGGGCAAAGCAGCGUUGCUGGCUCGGCAACAGGAGCGUGCUUCUCUCCCGGUAACUUUGGCGAAAUGAGCGUACGCUACAGCGCUAUCGAUCUCGAGGACUCGGGCGUUACCAUCUCUCCGGCAGCCGAAGGAAUGGUGAUAUGGGAUCCGAGGCCGGCGUGGAGACCGUUUCUCAAGCUCCCGCGUAUCCUCAUCAACAGGGACUCUGACUACAUUUUCAGGAACAUGGUGGCUUACGAGCAACGGCUUGCGGAAGAUGACAACCACCCUGUGCAGCCGGUGUCGUCCUACCUUCGCCUUCUCAGUGACCUUGUGCUCACUGCUGCGGACGCCCGAGUCUUGACAUUCCGGGGAAUAAUCGACAACCAACUGGGCAGCCUGGAAGUCGUCGUUCAUUUCUUCAAGGAUCUGGAGCUAGGAGACACGUAUGGGAUCGACAUGCUGUCUAAGGUUCGGAAGGACAUCAACACGCACUGUGAGAGAAAAGGGAUCUCGAAAUGGGCUGAUCUGAGACGCACCUAUUUCAGGAGCCCGUGGUCCUACUGCUCCCUCGCUGCUGCCCUCAUUCUACUUAUUCUCACUUUACUGCAAGUGCUGUACGCCAUGUUAGCCUAUCACCUCCCCAAAUAAACUAGACGGCAAAGUCCAGCUUCCAGAUGGGCGAUGGCUUUCUUCUCCCCUUUUUGUUUGAUUAAGAGUUUAUAGAGUGACUUGUUGAA